AUGAGUUUCCUCAGCUCCAUGCAACAAUAUGUAACAAGUGGCAUAUCUAGCCUAGGACUUGGCAAUCGACGCUUCUCACUGUCGCGCCAGGAGUCAAGUGAGCAGCAGGCGGGCCUAGCCGGCGCCUCAACUGCAGUCGCUGGCCAACAACACCAGCAACAACAGCAGCAGCAGCAGCAGCAACAACAGCAACAGUUGUCCCAGCCACAACUACAGCAGCAACAGUUGCUGCUACAGCAACAGCAGCACACACACCCCACCCUGCAGCAACAGGCAAGCAUUGGCAGCGGCCUGGGGCUAAGUGGCGCCAGCGUUUAUGGAGCACCAGCACAGCCCACUGCGGGCGUGGCGGCAACAGCAGCAGGCAGCAAUUAUCCCGCUGGCGGCGUAGUAAUCGGCAAUCCAAAUGCUACUAAUCCAUUACUAGGCUAUCCCAAGGCGCCAGGCAGCGGCAAUGCCUCGCCCAUUAAUUCACGUCGCCAAUCGCGCGCCUUGGAGUGUCUGGCGCCACCGCGUACCGGCUCGUUUCGCAGCCGUAACUCACCGCUGCACCAACCGGAUCCGCCGCCACGACCACCGUUGGCAUUCUGCAAGCGACGCCUCAGCUGGCCCGAGGUGGAUCCACGCUCCAACUCCGGCGUACAGGAAACGGAUGGCUCGUAUUUUGAGAACUUUACAUCGCUGGGCUGGAAACGUGAAAAUCGUCGCAUGUCAGCAACGCGUGCUGCUGAAUCACGUGCUGAGGCUAAUCCCGAAAAUGAACGUGAUCCCCCAGCGCCUGAGGAGUCCAUUGACCGUCAGGAUGAAAAGGAGAAGCUCUACGUCGAAGUUCUACAUACCAUAGCCAAUACAGUGGGCGCACCCGCGCCCGGCGGACAAUUUGCACACUACAAGGACGAAAUGUAUCUGCAUGCACAGCGCGCCUUUGGUGUCAAUCCGGAUCGUCAUUAUCGCCUGCUGCACGCCUCCGCCGAGGAUAAACCAAAGAUAAUCGUGCUCUCUGCGGUUGUCAUCGAAGCUGAUGGCCUGGAGGCAAAGGAUGCCAAUGGCUUCUCGGAUCCGUAUUGUAUGCUCGGAAUACAGCCGGAUGGCGGUCCGCCCGUGUCGCCGCUGCCGCUGCCGCCGACACCACGCGCCCUGUCCGCCGACAUGAGCGGUGGCUUUGAUAAUAGCGCCACGGACUCGCCGCCGCAUCGCAAGCACAGCUUUCGUCUGAGCUUCAAGCGGCGCGAGGCCGGUCGACGGGAGCAGCGCGACUCGCUGGGCGGCCCCGUGCCGGCCAAACUCAUCAAGGCAACGAGCAUUAAGCCGCACACGCUAAGUCCCAAAUGGAAUGAGAAGUUCAAAUUUGACAUCGAUGACAUCAACACAGAUACAUUUCACUUGGAUAUAUGGGACCACGAUGACGAAAGCUGCGUCAUGGAUGCGGUCUCGCGGCUGAACGAGGUGCGCGGCGUGCGCGGAUUGGGGCGCUUCUUCAAGCAGGUCUGUCAGUCGGCGCGUCAGGGCUCGCAGGAUGAUUUUCUAGGCUCGGUGAACAUACCCAUAGCGGAGAUACCCUCCACCGGAUUGGAUGCCUGGUUCAAGCUGGAGGCGCGCUCUCAACGUAGCACUGUGCAGGGACGCAUUAGACUCAAGCUGUGGCUAUCGACGCGCGAGGAUCGCGGCAAUGCGCCAGAGGAGUGCCAUGAGCCACAGCUGCGCAAAAUCGAGCAACUGCAGAUGGUAUUCAUGCAACACGAGGUCACGACGCAUGAGCCCUCCUGGACCUGGUGCGGUGAUCUUCCCGGUCCGGCACUAACCAUUCUACAUCAAUUGGCCGUGCAGGCGGAACUCUCUGAUCUGCACUGCGCCAUGGCAAGAUAUGUGGCAGCUGCCAAGCUGAAUCGCUCGACGCCGCUGGAUCCCAAGUUCUUGCAUCGCCUGCUGAGCGAUGUGGAGAAGCAAUGGAAUCAGCCCAUUCAGGAGGCGCUCACACGCGAUUUGGAGCAGUGGUUGGCCGAAGCUAUGAAUGGUUUUGUGGAACGCUCGCUGAACCAAAUACGACGGCAUCGGGACAUUUUUCCGGCUUUGCAUCCGCCCUCGCUCAUACGACUGGAGUUCCUGCUGCGCUGUCUUGGGCUGCUGGGCUCCAUGCGCGCCUUUCGUGCCGUCUGCCCCUUCAACAAGGGCGUGCGCGGCGAGGUGGUGAAUGCCUUACGCAAGGGCUCCAUUAUGUGGGGACAGAAUGUGCUGCGGGAAUCGCAAUGCUUGCCCAAUCCAUUAUCGAAUUUCGUUACAACAUUAACGGCCGACAUACAGCUGGGUCAGACCUACUAUCAUGCGCUGUUCGACAACACAAACGGCAUUCAAUACUUUAGCAUUAUCUACAAGCAGUACGAUGCGAUGGUGGGUGAGGAGAUCUACACACGCAUGGCAGCUGGUCAGGUGCCGGGCGUGCGGGUGAAUCUGUCGCAGUAUGCAGUGCUCGAGGGCGAUGCCGAGCCGGUGGACGCUAAGCCAUUCGAGCUGUUUCUAGCAUUGCAGGAGUUCUGUCAUUUGAAGCGACACUUGUCCGCACAGCCACAGCCGCCGGAGAAGCCGCUGGCGCUGAGCAACAGCCACGAGUGGUUCAUACCCACCUUUGAGCGUUGGAUGAUGGUGAGCAAGGCCAAAGCGCUGCAACGCAUACGCGCCGCCAUACGCAUGGACGCCAUUUGUGAGGGGGAGCGCAUAGUGCGCUAUAGCAGCUCCUCGGUGGACACGGCCAGCACGCUGCUGAACAUCAAAGAGUUCUGGAAGGUUAUCAAUUGGCCGGACGAGGAUACGGCCAUCAUGCUGGAGUCGCAGCUCAUCGAUGUGGUCUGCUCGGCAGCCAUGCACUACUGCGAUCUGAUACACACCACGCUGGCGGAGAGCGGCUACUAUGAGCAGCAGGGACCGUUUCGCUGCUCCGACGACAUGUGCGUGACCGUCAAUAAUGUGGAGUAUGUGCGUCGCACACUGGCCGAGUUUCGCUCCGAUGAGCAGCCGCUGGAGGAGUCUGCCGACAAUCUGCUCGAGUCCAGUCUGACGCACAUGGAGAAUCGCUGCGAGCGCAUUCUAUCCAAGCUGGCGCCCUUGAUGCAAAUGUCGCUGCAAAAGGCCGUAUUCCAUUUGGCCUGGUCCCCCGACUCGCUGCCAGCCAAUCAGGCCAUAGUGCCGCUGCUGGAGUAUCUGGACUGCCAUCUGGCGGCGCUCAAUAGCGCGCUGCUGACGAAGAACUUCAAUCGCUCGCUGCGUUUCAUUUGGAAGACCGUGCUGGGCGAAAUGGCUCGCCAAAUGGAAACUGGCGAUGACUCGGACAAGCCCACGCACUUUCACAAGCGUUUGUACGAGGCACUGCAGCUGCUGGUGGACUUCUUCCAUGCCGAGGGUCAGGGCCUGCUGCUGGAGUGUUUGCAUACUGAGGACUUCUGGCGCAUCGAGCAGCGUCUGCAGUUCCACAAAACGGAGACGGAGCGUCUCAUCGACAUGUUCUACAUGAAUCGCUUGCGUGAGCAGCUAAUGGCUGUAAGUCCAAGUCCAUAUGGCUCGCUAGCGGUGCGCGCUUACUUUAAUCACGACUCGCUCUGCGUGGAGGUGCUGCAUGCGCGGGAUGUGGUGCCGCUGGAUCCUAAUGGCUUCAGCGAUCCGUUUGUCGUUAUCGAGCUGUUGCCACGUCGCAUCUUUCAGCACUGCAUGGAGCAGCAGACGAAUGUGCACAAGCGCACGUUGAAUCCCAUUUUCGAUGAAUGCUUCGAGUUUUCGGUUACAUUGGAGCAAUGCCUCACUGAGGGCGCCAUGAUUUGUUUUACUGUCAUGGAUCAUGAUGUGCUGACGGCCAACGAUUUUGGCGGCGAGGCUUAUUUGGCGCUGGGCAACAUACCCGGCGUGGCUGACUACAGCACUAGCGUGGAUAACUUUCAUGGCCUGAAGCAAAUCGAGUUGCCGCUCAUGCAGCAAAAGGAUAAAUGCAAUCCCAUUUUGCAAAUCCUUGAGCUGCGCAUCAAUGACAAGCAGGCACAGGACUUUGUGCGCAAACAGAAGGCGCGUUUCAUCAACUAAGCAAAAACAAACACAAACACAUAAACAGACCGACAGACGGACAGACAGACAGACAGAUAGACAGGUGAGGUGAGAGAGAUAGAUGGUGAAAGGUAUAAGGAGAGACGUUUGAAAAACGCUGGAGCAGCAGGGCAAUGUAAUUGCAUAAAAGUGUAUUUUAUUUUCACUCAAAUUUGUUUCUCU